CGGGGCCGGGCCGGGGGCGGGGCGCGGGGCCCGAGCGUCUCCGCCGCAGCCCGCAGCCCGCAGCCCGCGCCGCCUCCCGGACGCCGCGCCGCCCGGCGGCUCUCGGGCUCUCCGUGGUCCGCGCCGCUGACGCCGGGACUGCAGCCUGCUGAGCGCCCGCGGUCCUGCUGCCCCUCAGGGGGUCUUCCGUGCACCCUGGAAGCCGGGACAGCCAGCGGGCAGCUGGGAAAGCACCUGCCGGCAGAUGCCCCGAGCCUGAGGAAGCCGUGUGGUGACGCCCUCGUCAUGCCUUUGGAGAUGGAGCCCAAGAUGGGCGCUGUUGCCUUCGGAUGCCAGCGGAGCUCCGCCUCAGACGACGACUCGGGCUGCGCUCUGGAGGAGUAUGCCUGGGUGCCCCCAGGCCUGCGGCCUGAGCAGGUCCAGCUCUACUUCGCGUGCCUGCCAGAGGACAAGGUUCCCUACGUCAACAGCCCCGGGGAGAAGCAUCGCAUCAAACAGCUUCUGUACCAGCUGCCCCCGCACGACAAUGAGGUGCGCUACUGCCAGUCUCUGAGCGAAGAGGAGAAGAAGGAGCUGCAGGUGUUCAGUGCUCAGCGCAAGAAAGAAGCCCUGGGCAGAGGAGCCAUCAAGCUGCUGUCACGAGCCGUGCUGCACGCCGUGUGUGAGCAGUGUGGGCUGAAGAUGAACGGCGGCGAGGUGGCUGUGUUCGCCUCCCGAGCCGGGCCCGGCAUGUGCUGGCAUCCGUCCUGUUUUGUCUGUUUCACGUGCAACGAGCUGCUGGUCGACCUCAUCUAUUUUUAUCAGGAUGGAAAGAUCCACUGUGGUCGGCACCACGCAGAGCUGCUCAAGCCACGGUGCUCGGCAUGUGAUGAGAUCAUCUUUGCCGACGAGUGCACAGAGGCCGAGGGCCGCCACUGGCACAUGAAGCACUUCUGUUGCCUGGAGUGCGAGACGGCCCUGGGCGGGCAGAGGUACAUCAUGAAGGACGGCCGCCCCUUCUGCUGCGGCUGCUUCGAGUCGCUCUACGCCGAGUACUGCGAGACCUGCGGGGAACACAUCGGUGUGGACCACGCGCAGAUGGCCUAUGAUGGGCAGCACUGGCACGCCACAGAGGCCUGCUUCUCGUGCGCUCACUGCAAGGCCUCACUGCUGGGGUGCCCCUUCCUGCCCAAGCAGGGGCAGAUCUACUGCUCAAAAACCUGCAGCCUGGGCGAGGAUGUGCACGCCUCCGACUCCUCCGACUCGGCCUUCCAGUCGGCACGCUCCAGGGACUCGCGCCGCAGCGUGCGCAUGGGCAAGAGCAGCCGGUCGGCGGAGCAGUGCCGCCAGUCGCUGCUCCUGUCCCCGGCCCUCAACUACAAGUUCCCAGGCCUCGCCGGUGCCACCGCCGACACCCUCUCACGCAAGCUGGAUGGCCUGAGCCUCUCGGCGCAAGGGGCAGGUCUUGCUGGUGAGGACUUCUGGAAGGGCCGGGUGGAACAGGAGACCGCCGAGGACCCCGAAGAGUGGGCUGAGCACGAAGACUACAUGACGCAGCUACUGCUCAAGUUUGGGGACCAGAGCCUCUUCCAGCAGGCGCCCAGCGAGCUGGACGUGCGGGCUGGCGACCCCUGGAUUUCAGACAGCGUGGUCAAGGCCAAGAGCGAGCUGCAACAGAACCACCCGAGCCUGGCCAGCAAGAAGUACCAGGCCGACAUGUACUGGGCUCAGUCCCAGGAUGGACUGGGAGACUCGGCCUAUGGCAGCCACCCGGGGCCCGCCAGCAGCAGGCGGCUGCAGGAGCUGGACCUGGAGCCUGGGGCCACGGGCUACGACCACGAUCCAGCCCCGUGGUACGAGGGCUCCCUGGAGUGUCUGUCUGACCUGAAGCCAGAGCCCAGCAUGCGUGACUCCAUGGACUCCCUGGCCUUGUCCAACAUCACAGGGGCCUCGGUGGAUGCAGAGGGCAAGGCCAGGCCACCGCUGUACUCGCUGCAGGACCUGGAGGUGGAAGACUGUGAGAAGAUGAGCAACAUGGGCACGCUCAACUCGUCGCAGCUGCACCGGAGCACCGAGUCCCUCAAGAGCCUGGGCUCGGAGCUGUGCCCCGACAGGACCCUGGCCACCGAGGAGCCUCGGCACCUGCCGGCGCUCCGCAGGUCCAAGUCCCAGUCCCGGCCCCAGCAGGUCAAGUUCUCGGAUGACGUCAUCGACCGUGGCAGCUACGAGCACGUUGAGGUCCGGCAGGCGCCCAUGAGCGAGCGGACGCGCAGACGGGUCUACCACUUCGAGGAGAGGGGGUCGCGGCCGCACCAGCACCAGCACCACCACCGGCGCCGGAGGAGCAGGAAGUCGCGCUCUGACAACGCCCUCAAUCUCGUGGCCGAGAGGAGGUCCUCCUCCAAGGACAGGCUGCGGCUCUGCCCGCCGGACAGCUACGAGAAGUUCCUGCAGCAGCGGGGCGCGCGGGAGAUGGGUGCGCGGCUGCCGGGCGCAGAGCCCUACGGCCGCUACCCGCAUGCCACGUCCGACUAUGCGCUGCAGACCCCGCGCGGGGCCCGCUUCCUGGGCCUCUUUGAGGACGACGACUCCUGGUGCUCCUCGUCCUCCUCCUCCUCCGACUCGGAGGAGGAGGGCUACUUCCUGGGGCAGCCGAUCCCGCAGCCCCGGCCGCACAGACACGCCUACUACACGGACGAGCUGGCCAGCCCCUCGGCUGCGUUGCCCACGCCCCAGUUUGGUCAGAGGACCACAAGAUCCAAGAAGAGGGGGCACAAAGGCAAAAACUGCAUCAUUUCCUAACGGGCAGCAGCGGGGCACGCUGCAAGCUGGCUGCCUGCGUGUCUGGCUGCUGGUCGCCCCCAGUGCACGUGGGGCCCCGGCUGCUGUCCACGGGCUCAGGACAUGCCACGGGGGGCCUCUGCCCUAUGGAGCUGUGGAUGCUGGCA